AUGGGAUAUUUCCUAGUUGGAGUCGUCGAGACGGUUAAAUGUGUUGGUUUGACGGCUGUGCUGUUUGUAGGACCUUUGUUUGAAGAAGGUAUUGCGCAGGGACAAUGGCGCGAUUGGAUUCGUCUGAGGGGAUUGGGCGCUUUGAAGGGCUGGAUUCCGUACAGGAAUAUUGUUGCUGUAAGCUAUACUUUCAUUUAUCUUUGGUAUAUUGUUAAUGGUCACAUAAAGGGUCCUGUCACAGAAGAGGUACUCUUCCGAUCCGCCUCGGUACCCCUCCUCCUCCUCUCCAAAACCUCCAACACAACGAUCAUAUUUCUCACCCCCGUCGUCUUCGGACUAGCCCAUGUGCAUCACUUCUAUGAAUACAGAAUUACACAUCCGCAUGGUCCCAUGGUUGGAGCUAUCCUGCGCUCACUCUUACAAUUCUCCUACACAACUUUAUUUGGAGGCUACGCUACAUUUCUAUAUCUCCGAACGGGUAGUCUGUUGGCUGUAAUAUGCGUGCAUGCUUUCUGUAAUUGGAUGGGAUUCCCAAGGUUUUGGGGCAAGAUUAGUAGUUCGGUGGAUGGAGAGACUAUUAUUGGACCAGAUGUGGGAGCCAGCAAGAAAAGUGAAGAUGUGAUGAAAAGUAAUGGGGAAUUGAGUAUCAUUUGGACGAUUACAUAUUAUACUCUUCUUGUAGUGGUUGAUUAA